GACCUGCUACCAGCGGAUGGGAUCCUGCUUCAAAGUAACGAUCUGAAGAUCGACGAGUCGUCCUUGACCGGCGAAUCAGACCUCAUUUCGAAAAAUGUGGACUCCGAUCCCGUUCUCCUUUCAGGAACAUACGCAAUGGAAGGAAGUGGUCGCAUGCUGGUUACUGCAGUUGGUGUUAAUUCCCAAACCGGUAUCAUCAUGACACUGCUCGGCUCCGGUAAGAAUGUGGACGUCGAUGGUGAUUCGUCCUCUAAAAGUAAUUGCUUCAGUUAA